AUGCAACCGUAUUUUUCAGGGGCAGAAUCCGUGACCACGACUGAAGCCUCGAAUUUGCUCGCUAAAUUCCCCGAGGAGAUUCUACAAGAAACUCUUCGUUACCUUGAUGAUUCCAGCUUGGCCAACUUUGCCCGAGCCUGUCACUGGUCGUACGACAAGGCAAUUCCAUUACUGUGGCAGGAUGUCGAGCUUGUAGACUGUCGUACAACAGAUCCCCAGACUCCUGAUAUGAGCGAUGAACAUGACGACACACCUAUCAUCCGUAAACUCCUUGUCUUGGCCAGCAAUCCAUGGAUCGCCUCACAUGUGCACACCCUAACACAUCGAUGCCAUUUACCACCGCCAGCAAUAUUCUUUGAAUUACCAAGGAUCAACUUCCAGGGCAGGACACUCUCUCAUGAUCCGAGAACGCUCCGCCUACUAGGCAUGGCUUGCCAAAAUCUUUCUAGCGUACACACACUACGAAUCAUCUUUGGUCACUGGAAUCUCACUCGUGGUCUUUUGGUGGGGUUACUGGGAAAAUCUGGGGCCUGCACCGUACGGCAUCUUUGGAUCGAGAACUGUAGUCUCGCUGGCAUCUCACAAAGACUACUUCAAAAGUUCGAUCUUGCAGGACUAGAGAGUCUUCGUUUGCGUCGACUACCACUGCUUGCCAACGCUGGUAGACAUGACUCUCAAGAAGUCUACUCUCGAGGCCCAUUCCCGGACUUUCGAACCGACCGAGCCUUCGAAAUCAGACAGGACGGGCGUGGUGCUAGCAAACGGUUCGAGCUUUCAUUCAGGGAUGCCCAUAACUUUGACGAGAAGAUAUACAGCAGACUACCUGAUGUCGGUGGGCUGAUUUCUUCAAUAGAGCAAGAAUUAUCAGACGAAGACUGGUCUGCUACGAGUGGUGUGAAACAUCUUCUCGAUCAUAACCAUCCAGACUUUGCUUUGUCUGACACUGAUCCGUUUCCCACGUUCGUGCACAUAUUGAAAUGCUCGACAACCUCUCUCAUCUCGCUGAACCUGGAUUGGGUGCUGUUCAGAAGAACAGACCUACGUGCAUUUUCAGAAUCCAAAGCAAGCCUGGAAGGCAUGUUCAAAAGGUUGUUCAAGCUUCACUUCCCUCAUCUUCGCGCUUUUCAGUUCCGGAACGCGGUGAUUGCGGAAGCUGAGAUGCCACAAGACGUCUAUCUCCUGGAUACUUGCGGAUCGAGUUCCAAUUCUUCGUUUGAUGCGGAUAUGUGCGUAUCGUGGUUGGAGUCGCAUCCAAGGCUUCGAUCUUUGGCAUGGCCAGCAGAUCGUUUCUUUAGACCCAAGAAGAACACAACACCAGAGCUUCAGACACGAAUCGACUUCAUCAUAUCCAAGAUGGCACGUACACUAGAAGACCUUCGUGUCGAUACUGUUUACAGCCGGAGUGGUGAAUUCAAGACUGACGAUUCGGAUGGCCCGAUCGAUGUGAAUCGCCGUCAAAGUCGCAGACGAUUCAUCUCUGAAUUCGCAGCACAUAUGCAGAGACUUGAUUGCCUGAAAAUGGAGGGCGGUAUACCACGAGACGAGAAACGGGAAACAAUCAGAGCUUUACGUCAGUCUCCUUUACAAAGAGUCAUUUUAAUUGGUGUUAACGCGCCCAUGGGUAACACAUGGGGUUUCGCUGGGCGCGAUAUUGGGUCCUUGGGCAUCAACGAAGAUCCCAAUGACCCUGAUGACUUUGGCUCUCUGGAAGAGGAAGACACAGAUGAGAUCGUCCGACUCGGUACAAUGAAACCAGAACCUCUCAACACCAACGAAACCUUUGAAGCCGAAUAUGGUUGGCCGCCGUCUCCGCCGUUCUUGUACACAUUGGCCUCCUAUCACGCAUCUACAGUCACAGAGCUCAAAUUCUGCGGUUACCGUGGAGCGCCUCUUCUUUGGAACCCUACACCAAUCACCAACUACAUGCUCGCACCACUCCGCCAUUUCCACAAUUUACGCCACUUGAUUUUAUCACUUUGGUUACACACUCUAUGGGAAGAUGAUCACAGAGACGAUGAGAUCCUCGAGUACUGGCUCAGUUCCCGCUCUCCCUCCACCACAGCACUUAUCCCAACAUCCACCGAACCACUAACAGGCUGGGCCGAAGAACUAGCCACAAAAUACGACCCCAAAGUCAUGGCCGCAAGAAUCGUCACACUAAUGGGCCCUUUCAUCAGCGAGGCAGCGAAAUCCCAACAUGGAGGUAUGCACGUGCGAGCGAGUUUCUGCAUUGGUUCUUAUGGCGGUUUAUUCGACUUUGACGUUAUCAUCGGCAAGGAUAAGAACGGAAAAGAUGAACUGAGGGAAUGGAAAGGUCCGAGAGAGGAGUUGCAUCCUGAGAGGAGAGCUGAUAAGUUGAGAAAUAGGAGAUGGUUUGGUACGCCUGUGAGGAGAGAUUUGGGCGAUGGACAACGCAGCAUGUCUGUUAGCUUGUGA